AUGGAGAGUUCUGAUUUUGGAUUUGGCUAUGAUAACAGCUUUCCAAUUUUGUCUGAUAAAAGUUCAAUGGAUAUUUACCUAAAGGUGAGCUAUUGAAUGGUUGAAUGCGUGCGGGAUCAUUUUUCCUCAAUCAUUGGAAAAACUUACUGUUUAGAAUAACAAUUUGGAAGCUCAAACACACGAAAGAAAUACGUAUGAUGAUGAUUAUACGAGUUCAUCUGGGAAUAAUCAAGAGUUCAAAAUGGAGGUGGAUUAUCCAGACAACUUGUUCAAACAAGGCAACACUUGUUUUCCUCAAAAUCAAUAUGUAAAUGAAUUUCAUAUGGAAUCUACUCACAAUUAUACCAACGGACCAUCAGGUAGAAAAACAACAGAUGUCAUUUUGAUCUCAUCAAUGAGAAUUUACAGAUCUGACCGAUCAAUAUGAAUCAUAUUCAACAAAAAUCGAACAAAAAACUGGCAAGGAAAUGUCACCAAAUUCUGAACUUUCGAUGUUUCAACCCAAAAUUAAACCAAGAAGCUACAAAAAACGAUCUGAAUCAGAAAAGGUAAAUUUUUCAAAAAAUUCAAAAAACACAGCUUUUUCAAAUAAAUCUACCAAGUUUUCAGAAAAAUCCGACUUAUAUAUUGAAGCGUGAGAAGAACAAUGAUGCUGUCAGACAAUGUCGAGCAAAGGCAAAAGUCAGACAACAACAAGCUGAUAAAAACACGGAGAGAUUGAAACAGAGAGUUGUUGAGUUAGAAGAACUCUUGAAGCGAAAUGAAAGUGAAACUCGUGUUUGGGAUUAUCAAGCUACAACUUCACAAAACUCGUAUCAUGUUUGGGAGAGACAAUUUUAG